UCGCGCUCUCUCUCUCUUCUCUGUCGCUUCGACUCUGCGUGCGGCGAGUUUUCUCUGCAAUGGCGACCCAGAAGCUGACGGAGUACGAGCGCCGGAGGCUCGAGAACAUCCAGCGAAACGACCAGAUGAUGGCCGCCCUCCAGCUCCAUUCCAAGGCCUCCCUGCUCUCCGCUUCCUCCAAGCGCCAAAAGGUCGAGAACAAGGCCAAAGCCUGCGCGGUCAAGACGUACAGGGUGGCUAAAGACGAGGCCCCGGUCGUUAUUCGGCGCUCGCUCCGCGCCAGAGGGAUGCCGCCGGACUCCGAGGGUCUCGAGGGCGACUUCGGUGACGCGGCCCCUCGAGCCCCAGAGUCGAACCCCAAGUUCUCGCCGCCCCGGGAUUUGGGGUCUUUCUCUAUGGGCGACGCGUACGAAGGUCUGGGGUCCCGGGAUGGGCUCGUUCGGGCUAUGCGGCGUCUCUCGAAGAGACCCGAGAUGUGGGGUUCGGUCGAAGAGGGAAGUGGUGGAGUUGAGGGGUGCAAAGACGAGGUUUUGAGAGAUUCAGUCGCUGGUGUGAGUGCGCACUCGGUAGGUCUAGGUUGUGGAGACAUCAAGACUGAGGAUUCAUUAGGCGGCCGGCUCAAGAGAGAAGGCAUUAAGACCGAGGAUUCGUCAGAGUUCAUUAGUACACUGAAAAUGGAGGACUCGUCGGGUUAUGGAAUUAAGAGAGAAGGUCUCGUUGAUUCCUUAGAGUUCAUUAGUUCUUUGAUACUGGAGGAGGACAAUGUAGCUAGAGUUGUCCCUGGAAGGGUGAUGGUGGUGAAGUUCUUCCCCACCACCGAACUGAGAAUGGUGGCUGUUGGAAACAAGUACGGAAAUGUCGGGUUUUGGAAUAUGGAUCCCGAGAAAGAGGAGGGAGAUGGCAUAUACUUGUACCACCCGCAUUCUGGUCCAAUUGGAGGGAUCUCAAUCCAACCAUUCAACAUUGCAAAGAUUUUUACCUGCUGCUAUGAUGGAUUUGUCCGCAUGAUGGAUGUCGAGAAAGAGAUAUUUGAUUUGGUACAUGCAAGUGAUGAUGCUAUCUUUUCUCUCUCUCAACGACCCAAUGAUGGAAGCUGCUUGUAUUUUGGUGAGGGUCGUGGAGGUUUAAAUAUCUGGGAUCUGAGGGUUGGAAAAUCCACUGCUUUGUGGGCUCUGCAUGAAGAUAGAAUCAACACCAUAGACUUUAAACCACAAGAUUGCUUUGUCUUUGCAACAAGUUCUUCAGAAGGAACUGCUUGUAUUUGGGAUUUAAGGAGAAUGGGUGCUAAAAAUCCGAAGAGUUUAAAGGUUAUUGAACAUGGAAGGGCCGUGCAUUCUGCUUAUUUUUCUCCUUCUGGCAGCUGCCUUGCAACGACAAGUUUUGACGACACUGUAUGUAUAGCGAGUGGGGACAAUUUUGAGGAAGACUUCUCACGUGUUCCACAAUAACCAGACGGGUAGAUGGAUCUCCUCUUUCAGGUAUGAAUUGUUUAGGACAUACUCGAGUUAAAAUACUUACAGAAAAUUUCAGAUGCUGUUGUUUCUUGCGAGAGGUUGAUGUUAUGUUAUAAUCACCGGAAUUGGCUGAUUUGGGGACUUGUGCACUCGAGCAUCACGCGUUAAUGAUAUCUUUCAUGAGCAUUGAAAGUGCCUUAAAGCUCGAUUAUUGGCUCAUUAUGUUUGUUUAGUGACACCAGCAUGAUUACCAGCCAGGUUCUGUCAUGAAAUUUGAGCUCCAGGUUAGAAAUUUAGGAGCAAAUAAAAUGGCAUAUUGAUUUGGAGGUGCUUCUUGUUGGUGAAGUGUCGGUUUUGUUAUGAAGAACAAGGUCUGAAUUUUUACUGUGUUUUAAUAAUUGCUCGAUGAAUAAAUGCUACUACUAGCA